GACGAGCUAUUUUUCGACAAUGAGGCUUCCGGCGACGCACGUCGCGUUGUUUCUGAUCCUGGUACUGGUGCCGUCCAUCUUGACGACGACGUCGCGAACGCGAAGUAAAAAGAAGACGAAAGAUGUGAAGCAAAAACCGAUGAACAUCUGCGACAUCACCGAGCAAGGUUCUCUUAUGUUUUGCUACUGCGGUUCAACCCAGUUGGGUCUUACGACGGACGUCAACUGCUGGGUCUUCGGCGCUCUCGAACCCGACUUGCCGAUAUGGGGUUACUUCGACUCUCAGCCCGAGGUGCGGAAGCUGAAAUUCACCCUCAGGCCCGACGGAGUCUUCAAUCACAUUCCAACGAAGCUGUUGAAGCAAUUGAAACACCUCGAGGUUGUCGCGAUUCAGUACGCCAUGCUGAGCGUCCUCGCCGAGCGAGCGUUCUCGGACAUACCGGGACUGGUUGAGAUAAAUUUGAGCCAGAACAGGAUCGUAAACUUGUCGCGGCACGCCUUCGAGAAGAUGAAUAACCUGACCCACAUCAACCUGGACGACAAUCGGAUCGCUGAGAUAAACAGAGACGUCUUCGGAAACCUGCCAAACCUGAAAAUGCUCUUUAUCAAUAAAAACAACCUGACGGUCGUUCACGACCAGGCGUUCAGGCACCUGACAUCCCUCGAGGAACUCGAGCUGAGUGGAAAUCAAAUUUCCGUUGUGACCAGGGAGACGUUUUACGGCUUGAAAAACCUCGUGCGUCUAGAUCUGAGAGUCAAUCGUUUGGCAAUGAUCGGCGAUAAAACUUUCGCCGAAAUGCCCAAGCUCACGGAGAUGGAUCUCGCCCAAAAUCAAAUCGAGUAUAUAUCCGAAAAAGCUCUCUACGGAAUGACGAAUCUCCUCAAGCUCAGGCUCAGCGAGAAUGAACUCGUUACCCUUGAACCGGACUUUCUCGUCGGCGCUCCGAACAUUUGUCUCCUGGACCUCAGGGACAACGAACUGAAGACGAUGACCUUCGACAACAUAAAACCUAUCGUGACCAACCUCUACAACAGCAUCAGCUACUUCUACCUGGAAGGCAACAAGCUGAUCUGCGACUGCAGACUCGCUUGGAUAUGGGGAUUGAGAAACGAGACGAACAACACGCAGCUGAAAGAAUCGUUGGAUGAACUGACCUGCUUCCUCGAGCUGAACAACUCCACCGUACAAGUUAUCGACGACGCUCAAACCGAAAGCCAGGCUGAUACUUCGGAAAAUACCCAAUACCAAGAAGAUUACCCGUCCGACGACGUCAUGCUCGACGGCACCACGGGCGACAACGGUGAAUACUCGUACAGAAACGAUAAUCCCGACGAUUCGUACACUUACGACGACGAAGAGGGAGUCGCGGAUCCGUCGGCUAGCACCAAUCAUCAACCAGUGUUGCAAGUUGUCGAGGGUAAGACUGGGUACGUCAGGCAUCUGUUCCAAUUGAAUCCCGAAGACCUGCCCUGCCCUGACCGCCAGGAUCUUAUGGCGUCCGAGCAGCCGUUCAGCCAUCCGGAACAAACGCUCUUCGGAUCAUCAUCGGGGUCAAUGUUUUCCCAGUCAUCGGCGGAGAACGCGGUGUCUUUCAGUCGCUGGACCCUCGUCGUUGUCGCCUUGGCGAACCUCGCGAUAUUAUUCACGUAGAAUGACUUGUGAAAGGCGACGGGUAACUCCUAACGACAAUUCUCUUCAAAUCCGUGGUAUUUUGUAGGCUUUUAUGCAGUCCUUAAGGGUUCCACUUGUUAUAAUCAUUGGUUUCGCUUUUCCUACGUUAAAAUACUGACCGUGAAGUUUCGUUUGAUCGCGCUGAGCGCAGUCGAUAUUAAAAAUUUCACAUACUUUAAACGGGCAUGCGGCUGACUCUCGAGUACCGUGAGUGAAAAAAUUUAGUGGAACUUUUAAGGAAAAUUGUGUAACCGUCUUUCCGCGACGGUGUAUCGGUGGCUGUACAGGAAACGUCUCGACUUGGCCUUUUCUUUUUUUAAAGAACCCGGAUCGAAUUGACGAUAGCUGGUUAUGACCCGGUGAGGAAGAGCGAAACUGGGCUGCAUUUUCGUAAUUGCCCAUCGUUCGACUGUGAACGCUGCGCCGGUUCAAUACAUGUGAAAUAAACGUAAAAGAAGCGGAUAUCGUAUUACAUAGUGAGUGAAGCGAGACUGUAAAUAAUUAAGUUGGUCUCUUUGUUCUGAAAAGCUAUACAAUUACGAUAAUUAUAAUAAUAAAUGUCGGUAAGUCGCCGCUGUAUGAAUUCAGUGUGUACAAAGGCCUGAGACCAUUUGUAGGUACGAUUUAAGAAUAAAUAAGAAGUUAUAACUUACGGUGUAGUUACGUUAACAAGAUGAAGGAAGAUGAAAAAAAAGAAAAAAACAAUAUACGAAAACGGAAAAACAAUAUUCAUCCGUAUUGGAAAAUUCCAUUUUUUUUUAUUCUCAAACUGUAACGCCCGUUAAUUAACAUACGUCGUUAAUAAUUGUAAUACACUAAUAUGAUGUCUAAAUGAAUAUGAAUUUGAAAAAAAUGAACGAAGCACGAAAUAAAUAUGAAACGUCUUGCUUUGCGACAAUGAAUACAAUGAGAAAGAAAAUAUCUCCGCAUCGCAGCUCUGGGAGAUGAGGUACAUAAUCCACGUUGAGAGUUUAAUAAUAUAGUUUUAGAACGUAAGAAAGAAUUACCAUUGUAUUAUAAUACCAAAUAUUACAUUAUACAAGCACGAAGUAAGCAUUUUUGCUUUUAGUGCUGUAUUUUGUAGUCCUGUAGCUUAUUUAUACGUCUCCUCAUUAUCGUACGUACAGUAUAUUCAUUUGCGAAGAAGUAACGAGUUGAUGUACAGAGGAUUAUCGAAACAAAGAAAUUAAACAAAAAUUUUCUUUUGACUGAAACGAACCGUUGACCCUCAACGUAUUAAUCAAUCUAUCAGAAUACUCGCGGAAUCGAUUAUCCAGCAAAAAAAAAAUCUUACAUCCGAACGUAAUUGACCGUCUAAACGUUAAUUAAUAAUUUUUUUCUGUUCCGCGAGGACGAAUGACGGUGAGAAAUCAUUGGAUAGAACAACAAAAAAAAAAGAGAAGAAAUUGUUCAAAGUGUUUCAGUCCUACACACCGGCGUAUGAGAUGUCUUCGAAACAUAUCUUUACACAUUGCUAUAAUCGACUGAAAUAUAUUUUAUCUUUCAUAUUUCUUAGCCAUUAUUCAAUACGCAACGCGAAAGCCGAAAAACUGAUUAACUUAAAUUUAUAUAUAUUUGAUACCACGCAUUAUCGAGACUAUUCUACAUUAUACAAGCUUUUAUUACGAACGAAUCGUCAACGCAACGUGAUCUUCACCGUACCACGAUUGCAAAAAUGACGCAACUUAUAACUUCAAUGUACCUAUAUCAUUUCUGCCAUCCUUAAAGUUGAAAAUUUUCUAUUUUUCCUCUCUGUCAAAUUGUCGACAUCACAAUCAUUUACUUCGCUGAAUAAUUCGUGUAGUAAUUAUGCAAUUCAUGGGCGUCUUGGUAGAGAUACUUGAAUCGGUAGAUGGGAGAUUGGUAUAAGUGCAGGCGGAGGGAAGAAGGGAAGAGAGCCCCGAAGAAUUAAUUGAUAUGAUGUUUAGAGUAAAAGAAAUACAUUUCGUAUAUAGUGAAAUCGAGUAAUUAAGAAAUAAAUGACUAAUAUAAACAACUAUUAGUGUAUAAGAAUGCUUUAUGUGUGUGACUGCAAUUUAACAAGAUAAAAUUAAACGUUAAUUCGCAAAAAAAAA